AUGAAUUAUCCCUACGAUGACUUCCUCGAUCUCUUCUUCUCUAGCAACACUGCCACAGCCGCAAGCACUUCCUCCUGUGUGGAACAUAAUGAUGGAUCUCUUGACAUGGACUGGGAUAGUGACUUUCACGAUCUCAUUGAAUCCAUGAUGAGUGAUGAGGGAGCCGCGAGCGAAUCUCCUCCAAUGCUGCCUUGUCACCUUGGCCAGGAGGGAAUUUGUAAUUCCGUGUCCAUGGGUUUGUCUGUGGCUGAUGGGGUACUUGAUAAUGUAGAACGGCGUAGCCAUGAUGAAUCUAAAGGCUUGAGGCUAAAGGACUUGGUUUCUCCCAGUGACCAAACCAACAUGGAGAGAUUAGCUGCUCACUUCACCAACGGCCUUUCAAAGUUGUUAGAGCGAGCGAAUGUUAAGCGGCAGUGCGGUCCACACCAACACCAUGAUGUUCAUGAUCAGGCAGAUGUGAUUACAGCGUUCGAAAUGCUGCAGAACAUAUCUCUGUAUGUCAACUUUGGUUAUUUUACCGCUACACAAGCUAUUCUUGAAGCUGUAAAAUACGAGGGGCGAAUCCAUAUUGUGGAUUAUGAUAUCACAGAAGGUGUUAAAUGGGCCUCACUUAUGCAUGCCUUGGUGUCUAAAAAUACAGACCCAUCAGCCCAACAUCUUAGGAUCACGGCUUUGUCACGAGCCACCAACGGUAAAAAAUCUGUUGCUGCUGUCCAAGAAGCUGGACGGCGGCUAACUGCAUUUGCAGAGUCGAUCGGCCAGCCGUUUUCGUACCAACAUUGUAAACUCGACACCGACACAUUCAACGCUUCGUCGCUGACACUUGUGAGAGGAGAAGCAAUGGUUAUCAAUUGUAUGUUGCAUCUCCCUCGGUUUAUCCACCAACCACCCAAUUCUCUCAUUUCUUUUCUAUCAGAAGCUAAAGUUCUAAACCCCAAACUUGUAACGCUUGUUCACGAAGAAGUUGGUCUGAUGGGAAACCAAGGCUUCCUUUAUCGGUUUAUGGACUUGCAACAUCAAUUCUCAGCCAUAUUUGACUCUCUAGAAGCAAGCCCGGUCCGUAGCUUUAUUGAACAUAUUUUCAUUGGGCCGUGGGUUUCAGGUUGGUUAACGCGUAUCGCUAUCACUGCUGGUGAUGCCGAAGUUGAGAGUUUCGCUUCGUGGCCACAGUGGUUAGAGGCCAAUGGGUUUAAACCAGGUGGACGUAAGCUUUGCCAACCGUUGUCAAGCAAAGCUUCUUGUGAGCUUGUUUAA